AUGCUGCAUUCACACACACACAAGACACCAUCACAGCGGAGGAUCUCUCCCCAGCUUCCCCAGUCUCUUGCUCUGAGUGGGACGGGCCUGAAGAAACAGUGCCACUGGUGCAAACUCUUCAAACUCCACCGGUUCAACAACAGAGCAUACAAACACCGUUGGGGACUCUACAGGUCUCACGGGGCCCACGGGAGAGGGAGGAACUGCAGAGGGAGGGUGUGGCUUAACUCAAAUCCAUCACGGAGAAUGUGAGCCGGAUCAAGGACAUUAACUACCUACAGGAGCUCAGGCAGAAACUGGACAUUCUCCAGGCUCAGAGUGAGCAUGAUGGUUCAGAAAGACCCUAGCAUCCAGACAGUGCCCACCCCCAAGGGUAAGACAAAGAGGGCAGGGCUGGAGACUAUUGUGGCCAUGCCCAAACGCAUCAAAGUGCAAUCCUGGAUUGAUGUAGAAAAU